CGCAGCGUCUCCCAAGCCCCCGACAGUAACAUGACAGCAGCUAGCAAACAUCUCAUCUGCUGGUUCAACGACGUUAUGGUUUCGCUAGCUGCGUGUUUUUUCUGCUGUUUUUGAUUCAUUUUUCCUCAGUUGCACACAGCCACAGCUUAGCAUGUGCAGCUCGAGCUGUUUAAUGAGUAGCCAGAUCGUCUGUCACGCUCGAAAUAUCGAAACCAGCGAUUGUUUGGACUUCUGGAGGCCGUGUGUUUUAUUUUAAAGCCUAUUUUCAACGCAGUUUUUCAACGACCAAUCAAGAUUUUUCUCUUUUUUUUUUAUUACACAACACUACUGCCUACCACCUCGCUGGACGGGCAUAUCAAAACUGACGUUUUUUUUUAUUAAACAAGAAGGAAUUGGGGUUGAAUGCUGUUUGUUUUCCAAACAGAAACCAGCACAGCAGCACCAAAGCUCAAAUUAUUAGCAAAAAUGAUAUCACCAGCUGCUUAAAUAUACUUUUUUUGUGUGACAAGCCGUACAAUCUGGCAACCCGUGCCCUCCUCACAUCGAUCUGACCGAGCUGUCAAUCCAGUAUUUCUGCCAAUUUGUUUAGUUUUUUUCCAGAUGCUCUCUAGUUAACAGCCUUUGCUGUCAGUAUCAGAGCCUAAAAUUGACCAAGUGCAGAACUAAAGCUGUGAGCUCUUAUCUGUUUGACAGCUCAUCUAUUAAAGUCUUCAGACCACUUACAUGCUUUCAGGAAGGGUUGCCAGAUUGUGCCAACCUGGACGGGUUUUUGUUGUUCGUGUCGUGUUAACGUCCAAAAUCUCGUUUAAUAUGAACAGGACUAGUUAACUAGUUACUUCUUGGCAGCUGAGGGACAUUUUUAUUCGAUUUUAUCAUCCAGCUCUUUGGAAACCAGCGAGUUUAAAUUGUAUUUAUUUUUUACUCCCCAUGCAUUUUUUUGUACACGUUUCUGUUUUUCUCAAAUAUCAACAAAAGCCUCACAUCUAAACAUCUCCCUCGCUGCCUUAUACAAGAAAUACUUUGUGUUAAAUUCGCCUGAUUGGAUUUUUUCUGGAGGAGGAAGAAGCGUGAAGGAACGAAAGGCUGCUGCUUGUUUUUCCCCCGUUUGUUUCUGACCCGGAUUGUCUCUUUUUAAUCGCAGUUUAUUGCUUAAAAUGACGGCUAUUGAGAAACUGCAGAUGUUGAUCGAAGCAGCUGAAUAUCUCGAUCGAAGAGAAAGAGAAGCGGAGCACGGCUAUGCCUCCAUGUUACCCUUCACCAGCAACAAAGAGAGGGAUGGCUUGAAGCGAAAAAUCAAAAGCAAGAAAAAUUGCAGCAGCAGGUCUACACACAACGAGAUGGAGAAGAACAGGAGGGCACAUUUACGGCUGUGUUUGGAGCGCUUAAAAUCCCUCGUGCCCUUAGGACCAGACUCAAACCGGCACACAACCCUCAGCCUCCUUAUGAGGGCUAAGGAACACAUCAAGAGGUUGGAGGAUAGUGAGAGGAAGGCCCAGCACACUAUAGACCAGCUGCAGAGAGAACAGAGACACCUGCGCAGACGCCUGGAGCAGCUCGGUGUGGAGCGCACACGCAUGGACAGCAUGGGCUCCACCAUCUCUUCAGACAAAUCUGACUCUGACCAAGAGGUGGAUGUUGACGUGGAAGGAACAGACUAUCUUCUGGGAGACCUGGAGUGGAGCAUGAGCAGCGUGAGCGACUCGGACGAGCGGGGAAGUUUGCGCAGCAGCUGCAGCGAUGAAGGCUAUUCCAGCGCCAGUCUCCUCCGACUCGCUAACUCUCAGGACAAGAGCCCUGCGCUGGCCUGCAGUCUAUAAGAGCACAGAUCACCCCGGGUUCAUCUCCACCACUCCAGCCACAGCUCCUCCUCUCAUACUUGAACGCUGUUCUGAUCCAGAAGCUCUUGCUCUUGCUCCGGUCGAGAGGAGGAAGAAGUAUUGGAUGACCAGACCUCACUGACCUCACCGCCUUCGUCCAGUCAGAUCAUCCCGGCCAUUUGCCUUCGCUCCCAUCCCACCAUCCUGGAGAAAGACCCUUAAAGACCUCACAGCCAGAUGAAGAAUGUGCACCGUAUCACACACACUGCCUCUGUCUCUCAGAACCGUCCGCACGCAGGGCUCGGUCACCUGACCUAUUUUGCACAAAAGUUUGAGCGGUAAGAUUUUUGAUGUUUUUUAUGGAAGUCUCUUCCGCUCACCGAGCCUGCAUUUAUUUCAUCCGAAGUGCAGCAAAAGCAGUAAAAUUGUGAAAUAUUUUUACUAUUUAAAAUAACCGCUUUCCAUUUGAAUAUGUGUUAAACUGUAAUUUAUUUCUGUGAUGCGCAGCUGUAUUUUCAGCAUCAUUACUCCAGUCUUCAGCGUCACAUGAUCUUCAGAAAUCAUAAUAAUAUUCUGAUUUGCUGCUCAAUGUAUUAUUAUGUUGAAAACAGCGGAGUAGAAUUUGAAUUUCAGGUUUCUUUGAUGAAUAUAAAAUUCAGAAGAACAGCAUUUAUCUGAAAUAGAAAUCUUUUGUAACAUUAUAAAUGUCUUUAUCAUCACUUUUGAUCAAUUUAAAGCAUUCUUGCUAAAUAAAAUUAUUCAUUUAUAUA